GCGCGCAACAACAUGUGCGAGACUGCGCAAUGGAGAGCUGCCGUUUCCAACAGGUGUCUUUAAGAAAUUCCCUCUCUCUCUCUCUAAAGAUUUUCAUGCAAUUGCAAAGCAAAUGUCAGAUGGUUAAAGAAACGACUUUUUAGGUGUCAGUUAUUAGAGCUUUUGGUCGCUUUCCAGAAGAUUUACGCAUGGAGAGACUUUCACUUCGUUAAAUUUGUAUUUUUGGACACGCUGCUAACGACAACCUUUUUUUGUAGAUAUGUUGAUUCUCAAAGAACAGCAGGAUUUUUUCAUUUUGAUGCUUUGCAGUUCCUAAAAAAACCCCGCAAUUCUUCAUAUGGGAGUCUCCUCUUUCAACGUCUCGUGUGGGAUCAACAUCUAUGAUUGGUUUGAUUGGGAUUACAAUCAGCAAUUGACUGCAAGACUGUUUUGGUAUUUUAAUAAUGAAUAUCAUCUUGAGAUCUCCAAACUGAUAACUUGGACUCGAGUGAAAAAAACACACUGGAGGACGAUGAAGACAGUUUCGUAUAUUCUUGCUGUUUUGAUCAUCUGGAACUCGGUACUCUGUGUUUGUGGAAAAGAAUUUCUCGAACCAUCUAAGUCCCCCUGGACACUGUACGCUUCGGCAGAGGAGAAUACGCGUUUACCAUGUCGAUUCAAUGCAUCGAACAGCGAGGUUAAGGUUGUUCAGGUGACGUGGAUUCGAAAGUAUUUAAACGGGGAUGAGGAACAGCUUAUCACCGUCCAUUUCAGCGAAGGCCAAACAGAAAAUGCUGGAUACAUAGGACGUGUGCGGUUUGAUAGCAGCAACCCAAUAUUUGAUUCUGCUCUGACACUUAUGGGUAUAAAUCCCUCAGAUGAGGGCAAAUACAUCUGCAAAGUCGCCACCUUCCCCACAGGAAACUUUGAGACUGAGAUUUCUCUCAUAGUAUGGACCAAGCCUAUUACCUCCCUGGAACCCAUGAUCCUGGUUGAGGGCCAGACAUUUCGUACGGCUGCUACAUGUCGUUCUGUGGCCAAGCCAAUAGCAGCCCUUUCCUGGGACACAGAGCUUGCGGGUCAGAGUCAGAACCGCACCUUUGAAGAUGGGGUGGCCUCCAUCCAGUUUUCCCUUCACCCAGUUCGUAACAUGAAUGGUCAAAAGCUGGACUGCCUGGUCUGGCACCCAUCUCAAAAUGGCCCCAAGAGGAUUGUCAACAAACUUAUAGUGCAUUACCCUCCAAAUGCAGUGAUUUCUGGCUCCGAGGGUAACUGGUAUGUUGGCAUGGAGGGAGCUACGCUACAUUGUAAAGGUCAAGGAAACCCAGAACCACACGAGAUCAGCUGGACUAGGAAAGGUGAAGAUUUACCAGAGGGUGUGACUGUGGAAGGUGGUAUCUUGCGUUUUGGUAGGCCCAUCCAUUUGACAGAUAAUGGAACAUAUGUGUGCACAACUACCAAUCUGGUGGGAUCUGGAAAAGCUGAGACUGAAUUAAAUAUAGGACCACCUCCACCUCCACCUAAUUUUCUGAUGAUUAUUAUUGGUAGUGUGGCUGCAAUGGUCAUUCUCAUUCUCAUCGUAGUGAUCAUUUCAGUAAACCGCCACUAUAAACGAAAAAAUCACAAGCUGGCCAUAGAACUGGAUGAGAAAAAAGAAGAAAUAAGCACGCUUUCAAGACAUGCCUCGUUUAGGAGAGUCCAAUCCACUCCUUCAGAAAACAGAUACUCGGACGACACACAGGCUUUAAGAGUCGAGGGGACUUUGCGCACUAGUCUCUCUUCACUGGAUCGUCCUCGCUCCAGAGAUAGUCGUUCCACUUUGGGAGGAGUGGAUUCACUCGGCCGCCCUUCGGUGUAUAACACUUCUAGAAGAGGUAGAGAGAAAAUGACGGAGAGAGGUGACAGAGAAAGCACUCAAUUGAUGAUGGAGUCUUACGAGCGGGGGAGUAACAUGUCACAGGAAACCCAACUCCUCCCUCCUCUCCACCCCUCCUCUUAUUUGAUGGAACAGACCGCUGAAAUUGUCCGAUCUCGAAAUGGCAGUGCUAUUCUCGUAGCAGAGGGAAGACCGCAAUCAGGAUCAAGCAACAGAGGGGGCAGCAGGGGGCAUCAUUCACCCUUAAUGAACACGUACCCAGUCGUUACAGAUGAAGAGGAAGAGGAUUCUCUCAGCCCUACAGAAGAAAAUUUAGGAAUUCACAGGGGCUUAGAGCCUGAUGGUUUUGAAAAUGGAGGCAGCGAGACUGCGAGCUCUCAGAUAUCAGAAGCACUCUCAUGUCAUUUUGAGCGCACUAAUGGUGUACUACGGCCCAAGUCAAAACCCAAUAACAUUCUGCUCCCAGCCAACACAACACUUCUCAUUUCUCCCCAUAGCCAAACCAUUCACAAAGCUCAGAUUGUGUAGAGACUCUGCAGCAUUCAUUUGUAUGGCCCUGAAUUUAUUCAGACAAGGUUUAAACGCAGUGGAAAUAAACAGAAGAACGUAUCUGAGAAUGAAAAACUGGAUGUGUACAUCACCUUUUAAAAUAUCGAAACUCUUUUAAGGAGAGUACAUUGUCAAUAUUGUGGACUGGCUAUCGGGACAUCAUCUAACAGAACUCAGCACUACUUGCAUGGUACCUGAAUUAUCCACAAUAUAUUCUGGAACUGAUCCUUAUGAGUAUUAUUGGGCAUGCAUACAAGUACAGACUGACAACCAUUCCUUAAGCUUAAGCUCCCUUCUGUGGCCGUGGAAUGGAUUACUUGUAUUUUUAAGGCUUUGUUUGAUUCACUGUUACUACAUUAAAGAGUCUGGUCAGGUAAUUCAUCACUGUGACUUGAUGUUUGUAAAUCUAGACAUGUACACUAGGUUUUUUUUUAAAUAUAUUUGAGUAUACUGUGCAUUUUGUAAGUCAUUGUUGUGUAUGACAUUAAGUCAAUCCAUGAAUAGUAUUGAUGAAGUAUUACAGAUUGCCUGCAUUAAGAUUGUUUGUGAACGACCAUUGGGUGCACAAAAUGUCAGUGUCACUGUAGGAGUCAUUGUUUACAACAUUUAUACUUCAUUAUGUUAAUAGCUCUAUAGAUGUAUUUUAGUUUUACCACACUUAAUAUUGUACGUAGUGUUAAAUAAUUCUGAUAUUAUUGCUGAAACCUAUUUUUACCUAACAAAAUACAAACGCUUACAUGGGUAAUUUUGAUGUAUUCAGUUUACUUGACUAUAUCAACAUUGUCACUCGUUAUUACAGUGCAUGGUGUGGCUUUAAUGGCCGGUUAUUAAAUCAGCCUUAAUUACACGGUGUGUAUCCAGGUUAAUUUUUCAGGCAAUAUUUAAACA